GCUAAAUAGCUAUUUCCUCUCACAAACGCACGCUUGUACAAUUGGUUGUACAGCUGGUAAAUUUUCUUGCUAAUAAUUUGCUGGCGUAACAUCCUGUAUGUGUGUUAGCAUUGAAACUAAAUUCAGUAGCAUAAGUGCUCGGCUUGGAUGAACAAGUCCGCGCGAUUUUUAUUAUUUUAUAUUUAGUCGUGCUCGUGCGUUUCUCAGUAUCGGUCACAAUGGCGCAGAAUACUUUCAAUGUUCCAAUUAUCUGGGUGCUUGGUGGUCCCGGCUCUGGAAAAGGUACCCAAUGUGAUAAAAUCGUUGCAAAGUAUGGAUUUACUCAUUUGUCCUCUGGCGAUCUCCUACGCGCUGAGGUAGCAAGUGGUUCCCCACGCGGCAAAGAUCUCAGUGACACAAUGGCAAAAGGCGCUUUGGUACCAAUGGAAGUCGUCCUGGAUCUGCUUCGCGAAGCAAUGUUAAAAGCUGAAAAACCAUCUGGUUUUCUGAUCGAUGGUUACCCACGAGAAAAGAUCCAAGGCAUCCAGUUUGAAAGCACUAUUGCUGCAGUUGACGUGGUUCUCUUUUUUGACUGUUCCGAGGACACGUUAACGUCGAGAUUACUUGGCCGAGCCGCUAGCUCUGGUCGUGUUGAUGACAACGAGGAAACAAUCAAAAAACGUUUGAUUACUUUCAAUACAUUCAACAACGAAAUUGUAGAGCAUUAUGAACCCAAACUGAAAAAGAUUAAUGCCGAACGUCACCCGGAUGAUAUAUUUGCGGAGGUAAUACAAUACUUAGAUCCGUUGGUACAGAAAGCUGCCGCUGCUGUUGCGCAAUAAAUUCUGUCAUGGUUAGUUUAAUAGAAAUCAACAAUAAUUAAGUAAAUCGAAUUACAAUGAAGUACAAAAAUUGUUCUGCAAUAAAUACAAUACAAUAAAUAUAGAUUCGUCUUUAAGAA